AUGACUUCUAAUAUCUUAUUAUUAUUGCAUCCAACAGUGGUUACCGACCAGCACAUUGUUGAAAAUAUAAAACUAAAAAUAUCUAAUACUCAUAAAGAUUUCCAUCUUUCACAAACUACUAUAGAUAGAUUAACUCAAGGAUCUAUUGAAUUUGAUAAUAAUUCAUUUGAUGAAAUCAUUUAUAUCAAUCCAAACGAAGAACAAUAUAGAGAAAUCCCUAAUCUGUUGAUGAAGUUAAUUUUUGAUUUAUUAAAAUUAAAUGGGAAAUUUACUGGUGAUUUACCAACUGAUCAAAAUUUAGAUGUUUUAAUGAAUGGUUUCCUAAUUAUAAAUCAAAAUGAAUGGAAUAAACCUCAACCUGAAGAAACUGUCGUAACUUUAAAGAAAAAAUCUACUACUACUAAUAAUAAUUCCAACACAUCAACUAUUAAAAAAUCAUUCCCUAUGUUUAAGAAAUUAAAUAAUGAUAACGCGUCUACUCCUGGUUUAACUGAUCUGUCUGCUGGCACCAGUGAAGAUGAAACCGCCACUGUAUCGAAUAAGAGAAAAUUGGUUGAAUCAAAAUUGGUAUAUUUCAGUGAUGACGACGAUGACGAUGAUUAUGAUGGUUCAAGUGAUGGUGAAGAUUUAAUUAAUGAAAAUGAUUUAAUUGCUGAAUCUAAUAAAUAUAAAAUCAUUGUACCUAAGAAAUGUGAACUUCCAAAUGGUAAGAAGAGAAAGAAGGCAUGUAAAGAUUGUACUUGUGGAUUGAAAGAACUUGAAGAAGAAGAAAUUAAAUCACAAGGUAAAUUACAAGAUACAGUAUUGGCAAAUAUGGCUCAAAGUGCAACAAUAGAGGCUAUUAAAAUCGAAGAAAGAAUGAAAAAGAAUAAAAUUAAAUUUACUGAAGAAGAUUUAUCAGAAAUUGAUUUUACUGUUGCUGGUAAAACUGGAGGUUGUGGUCUGUGUAGUUUAGGUGAUGCUUUCCGUUGUGAUGGUUGUCCAUUUUUGGGUUUACCUCCAUUCAAACCAGGUGAAGUAGUUAGAAUUGACUAA